AUGCCAAGAAUUUCGAGUAAGAUAACUAUUGGAGAGCAGGUUAGUUUAAUGUCAUCAGUAUUGCCGAAGGAGGUAGUACUACAAUACUUACAAUAUCGUGGUGGUAACUGGAAGAACAAACAUUUGUAUGGUAAAGUUAUUGGAGGGUUAAAUGAAGGUGGGCAUCUAAAAUAUUGGAUCAAUGUAGAAAAUUUUGAAAAUAUGGAAGUUGAUGUUCUUGCAGGUAAUUUGAGAUAUGAAAAACCAGACAAUAAAGAAUUACCACCAAAUGUUGAAUUACCAAUAGUCCCUACGGAAUUGUCUGAUGAUAGUGACAGCAGUAUAGAAGAGGAUGAUGAUGAUGUUAAUGAAGAAAAUAAUAAUAUAAGUCAAUCAAGUGGUCCUUCUACUACAGUAAACUGGAAAGAACAAUUUGUAACUAUUGACCAGUGUGAAAUUAAUUCAUCAUAUAAUCAGGAUUGUAAUGUUAAUAUCGAAUCUGUUGGUCUAGCCUUGCCAUUUAAUUUGCUGUGUCGUUAUCUUCCAGUUAAUUAUAUUAAACAGCAUGUGAUUAAUUCUAUUAACAUACAUGGGCGGGAAACUUCAAACUGGGUUGAUGUAAAUUUUGACGAAUAUAUGAGAUGGUUAGGUUUAUGGGUGUUGAUGUCUGCCUUUCCUGUGGCUGAUCGUCAUUUUUAUUGA